AUGGCGGCAGCGACGGCGGGUUGCGCGUGCGUGUGCCACGGGGAGUGGUCGGCGGCGGUGGUGGCGCUGCGGCAGCUGGAGGAGUGGCAGAGUCGCGCCGCGCAGUACAUAACCCUGCUGGAGAACGAAAAGGCGGCGGCCGACGCGCAGUUGGUGCAGCUUCAGGAGACGCGCGCCACGGAGGCCCAGGCGUGGGAGGAGCGAGUGAGGACGGCGGAGGGCGCAGUCCAGCGCGCGGAGGAGGAGAGGCGGAGGGAGGGGGAGAGAAUGGAGGAGGAGAGAAGAAAGGUGGCGGAGAGAGUGGAGGAGGAGAAGAAGCGGGAGGGGGAGAGAGUGAGGGAGCAGGCGGAGAGGCAGGGGCGACUGAGGGAGGUGCAUCUGCAGACGCGGCUCAGUCAGCAGCAGCAGGAGAUAAUUCGCCGGGAUAGAGCAGCCAUGGAGAUCCACGCGUUCUGGCAGGAGGCGGUGAGGGAGCGCAAUGAGGCGCUCAUGGGGACGAAGCAGGCGCAGAGGGAGCUGCGGAGCAGAGACCAGGCGGACAAGGAGAAGGUGGAAGUGACCAAGGCGUUGAUGCGGCAGUGCGAGGAGUGCCGCAAGGAGAAGGACAGCGCGUUGCAGGCGCUGGCUGGCGUGCGGAAAGAGAAUGAGGCUCUCGAGGUCAACCUGCAGCGCCAAGGAAAGGUGAUAGAGCGGCUCAUCGACCUGAACUCCGAGCUGGUGGAAGGCCACGAGGUGCUGCAGCAGCGGCAGAGGGAAAUGGUUGGUGAGAUACUCUCAUUGCGGAGGCACGUGGGGGGCGUGGGAGGGGCUGAUAGUGGGGGAGUGGGAGAGGGAGGGGGAGAGAGUGAGGGAGAGAUACAGGGAGAAGGAAACGGAGAGAAUGAAACAUUGAGACAGAAGGAAGGACGCGAGCAGCAAGAGAAGGGGCGGACAGAGGUGUUGGAAGCAGCGCAGGGAAGGCGAGGAGAGGAGCAUGGGGCAAGAGAUGGCCAUGCUAGCAGCAGGAUGCCAGGUGGGAGAGGGAUGGAUGAGAGGGCAGGUGGGGGGGAUGGUGGGGAGCGUAGGAGCGGUGGAGGCGAAGCAGGGGAGGAGGAUGGGGACGACGGGCCUGUUCCGGUGUCGUCCUUCCCCACAGAACAGCCCCCUUCGUUACAGUCACAUGCAGCCGGGUUACUGGAUGAGAGGCAGCAAGCAACGCCCUCGUUCUUUGCCUUCUUCUCGAGUAAGCCCGCUGCUGCACCCCGUGGUGUUGCUGCUGCUGUUGCUGCUGGUGCUCCUGCUUCUUCUGCCCCUGCUGCCACUGCUGUUGCGGCUUCUACCACUGCUGCGGCACCCCCCACUGCAGCAGCAGCAGGGCCGUCCAGAACUGAUUCUAGUGCUGGCAGUGCCCCUUCCGGCCCUAUUGAUCCCACAGCUGCCGCUGCCCGUGUUCAUGAUACCAGCAGCAACGCUGAAACGUCUAGGGACCAUCGCCCAAGAGGGGAUUUAGGAGCAGAUUCAGUGCGGCAUCAGGAAGGUGAUGGUGGUGCGUGGGCAGAGGGAGGGAUGGCAGCGGGGGAGUGUGAUAGGGAGAACACAGGUGGACGGCAGGGUAGAGAUGGGUUGGGCUUGAGAGGUGGUGGGCGGGAAGGAGGGGCAGGGGAAGAGUCAGCAGCGAGGGGCAGCAGUGGUGGGAGCGGCAGUAUUGGUGGUGCACACGCAAUGCAUCACCAGCAAGACAAAGAGAGGGGAGGGCAGCAGCAGGGAUCUGUGCGAUUGAUUCCAGACCAGCAAGGAAGGGCGACGAGCGCUGCAUCUGUCAGUUCUGCUUCUGGAGGGGAUACAGGUGAUGAUGACACAACUGUGGCUUCGCAAGCUCUCUCUGCUUCUGCACCUGCUGCUACUCCUGCUUCGGGUCCUGGAGAUGAUAGGGAUGAAUUUCUAUCAGGAGGGCCUUCUAUAGGUGAAGAUGGAAAAGCAAGGGGUGAUUUACAUUCGGAUCAAGCCACAGGUGUGCAACACGCAGGAGACACUGGCGUCAUGGUGGAGAACAAUCAGCUGGAUGUCGCAUGGCAAAGGAAUAACCAGAAACGGCUGGGAGCUGCGUGGAGUGCUGUGAGGGGAAACGCCAAAGGAUUAUUCUCGUACAUUGUUGGGGCAGAUAAGGUGACUGUAGGCUCAUGA